AUGUUGCUAAGACUUGCGAUACUCACUGACGCUACUGCCGACGAUGCCGGCGAAUCGUUUGGGAAUGUACCACGUCCACGGUCCUGCUCUGGAAAUGAUGAUGCAUACAAUGGACUUCGGAAUAGGGGCAUUCCUCGAAUUCUUCCUACCAAUGUGACCAAGCCUGCCGGUGUACCACCUUCAGGCGGCCUCGAUCCCCCCAACCUGGCGUUCGGCAGCCAGAUUCAGUUCAGCCAUGCUCAUUCAAUUCGAGGCCUUCAGCAUGUCUCGGGAAUUCCCACGAGUCACGGCUCGCACAUUUCGCAGCUGUUCAUGUCAAAUUCACCUCGCCUCACCUCGCCUCGUCUGACCCCAGUCUGUAUGCUUUCGGAUCGACUAAUCAUAUGUACCCUCGGUUGGGCCGCCGACAGUCGAGAGGAGCACACGUACGCAAGUUUGGUAACCGGCUUGAUUUAA